CUCCAAGUCUCCAACCCAAAACAAAAUGUCCACAUCUCUCAUCUCAUCUAAUUCAAGCAAAGCAAAGCAAAGCAAAGCAUCUAUAACUAUAACUAUAAGAAGCAGCUUAAGAGUGAAGAAGAGGAAGCAUCUCUCUGUCUGACUCCCACUUUUCCCUAUUCCCUCUCUCAUUCUCUCUUUCGCUCUUUAUCUCGAUCUCUCUUACCUUUCCGUACUUGUACUUGUACAAUCUUUCUGUAUGGCUGCCAAUCGGAUGAGCAACAGCAGUAGUGGCAGAGGGAUCGCGAGCUUGGGCAAGCGACUGCUCUUUCCCAACCACCGGAUCUCCUCCAUCUCUUCUUCUUCUUCUCCCUGCAGCAUCAGGGGGUUGCAUUCGGCGUACGAGAAGAACGUAGAGGCGGCGGAUCACCAUCAUCAUGAUGAUCAGGUGAUCUUCCGGCAGCCACAGCAGCAGCAGCUGGUGAAGGAGGAGGACAAGUUCUAUUACUGGGAGCCGCACCCGCAGACCGGAGUGUUUGGCCCUGCUGCUGCCUCUGGAGGAGCCGCCGCGGCCUCGUCGGGGAAGUCUUCUACGAUCGAUGAUGGUCAUGGUGGUGCUGUGGUGGUGGAAGAGAAGGCCUGGUUCCGCCCUACCAGCCUCGAGGACUUGGAGAAGCCCCACCUUCCUUAACAAUUCAUCCACAAUCACUACUUCUACUACUACUACUAAUAUGUAUUGUAAUAAACGCCUAGCUGUUUGGAGGUCGCAUAUAUGUUACAAUAAUGAGGCCCUAGCUAGCGCAGGAUCUUAUCUUCAUUAGUUUAUUGUACUAUUAUGUGUUCAAAGGGCUUACCAAUUACGUUUGUACGUGCGUGGAUUAGUGUGUAUGUAUCUUCAUGAUCGUGAGUAGUGUUUGCUGUUUUCUUCUACCUUAGUAUUGUGCGGAUGGUGGUAGAGUUUGAAUAAUGUUAUGUAUUUGUAAUGACGAUCAGUUGG